CCAGACACCCAGCAAGGAGCAAAAUGGCCAGGGCAGCACCCUCUGUUUCCGGAGCAGCUGCAGCAAGGGGUGGACAACCUGGGGGACCAGGGACCCCAGACUCGCUUGGAGCCCUGUGAGUGGCCGCAGCCCCAGGAAGGCUGGAUCCAGAGGACCAGCCAACAGGAUCGCUCAGGAUGGAAGUCUUCUACUCAAGUAAGACCUUGGCAGCCUUGGUGUCGGCUCCAUAGUCCACCUACGCUGCCAUGUGGGAAGAUUCCCAUGCGCCAGCUGCAGACCCAAAGUCCAGGCAAGUUGGGGCUUUGAGGGGCACAGAGGGAACCCCUGGUCAUACAGUGAAGAGAGCAGCAAUGGACGGCCAUGCAGUACUGCAACAUGGUGGGCUCCAGGGCAGACGCCAGGAGCCCAGGACCCGGGAUGGGGCCACUCGCCCGGCUUGGCCACACAGCAGCCCCCCCAGCUCUAAAAGCAAGACCUUCAGGGGCUCCAGGCGAGCUCUGGCCAUCCCUGGAUGCGGUGUUUCCUCCAGCCCUUCCCAUGGCAAGAUGCCCUGCUCCCCACCUGGGCCGCCUGCCCUCCCACCUCCCACACCUCCCCCGGCCAUCAUCUCCGUGGCCCAGAGCUCCUCCCAGCCUGGUCUCACCUUCCGACCAGCUUGCUGCAGUUUGAGAUGGGACCAGGAAGGAAAGAGAAGGUUCUGGGAGGAGGAGGAGGCUGCCAAGUGGCUGGUGCCAGGGCCGGCCUGGCAGGCAGGAGACUAGGAGAAUGGAGAUGGGUGGGGGACGAGGUAAACAUGUGGAGAAAUAGAAUGGGUUUUGGGAGAUGGCAGAGACCAGGAGACAGAGAAGAGCCUGGAGGAAAGGGCCCCACCCCGAGGGAGGAAGGGAGGGCUUGGGGGAAACAGCGCCCGCCCGGUGCACCCCGGAGGCCCAGGAAGGGCGAUCCUGAUGGAGAGAAGGGGCCGCCCUCGGGAAGAGGCAUGGGCCCAGGAAGGGCGAUCCUGAUGGAGAGAAGGGGCCGCCCUCGGGAAGAGGAUGCAGGGAGAGAAAAGGAGAGCUGCACUGCAGAGGGGGCUGUGGGGAGAGGGGCUCUGCCAUCCCCUCAGCCAGAUGGGUGUCGUCUUCCUGAACAUAGAAGGGAACUGGGAUGCCAUGUUCUAACGCCCGUGUGUCUCCACGCAUGGCCAGGAGUUUGGGCAGGGCUGGGCUGUGAGCAGGCAGGACUGCCCUCCCGAAGCAGGCGCAGAACGAGCAUUUGGGGAAGGAGAAGACACGUGUCCGCACCCUGCAGCUGGUGGGGUGGGAGGAGCUCCAGCCCGGACGCCUUGGAACUGACCUGUCCUGAGCUGGACAGCCAAGACGCGAUGGUGGCUGUGCUGGGCUCCAGCCCAUGGUGGCCUCCAGGAACCCCAGGCCCAGAGUCCCCAGGAGGGAGCAGCCGGCAACACGGUUUCCACCGUGGAGACCGGGCAUCCUGGCUUGAGUUCACUCCACUCCAGGAGGAGCCGCCGCCGUGAGACCAACGCCAGGCCCACCUUGGGCCCCAGGACUCCGAGGCACUUCCUUGGGUUGGUGUGCUGGAUGGAAGUAGGGCUGUAUUUCCUAAGACCUGCGGGGCAGAUCUGGCCUCUGGAGGUGAGAAUUUGCUGGGGCCCUUCAUGGGUGAAAGAGGAAAACCAGCCUUGGGGGGGCAUCUCACAGUCCCCUCUGUCCCUCAGGUAGGAUGCGUGGGGCGUGGUGGAGCCACGGGGUAGGGGAACGGGGACCCCCUCAGGUGCGUGGGGGCUGGGAGGUGGGUGCAAGUUCCCCCCGUCUCACCGAGAAGGGACUUGGAGAGUUAGAUGGUGUGUCUGAGUUAGGAUGGCAGGCUCAGCUGACCUUGUCUCAGAGGCACCCAGCAAGGGCCAGGGACGGCAUCCCCACCAGGCACAUGGCAGUUCAUCCUCAGAGACACUGUGUGGGAGGGAGGAGAAGCCCACACCUCUCUGAGGCAAACUUCAGGAUGGCCAGGGGCCCCUGAGCACCCCGCCCACCUUUCCCCCGACGCCUAUGUGGGGCGAUGCUGUCUGCCCUCCUUUGAGCUCUGCAGUAUCCUGUGACUUUGGGCCGUCUGUCCUGCUUGCUCUGUCUGUGCUGGGGAGUGGGCAGGAGUGGACAGACAGAGAUCUGCCCUUCUCCAAGAGUCCCAGCCGUGGGAGGCUUCACCUUCUAGAAGGUUCCUCCUGUUUCUCUGUGCCUACUAAGAGGCUCAUCCUCACACCUGAGGACUGUCUCCCUGCUGGUAGGCUCACCACAUGGAGGAAAGGGGGCCUCUGGUCACCUUCCCCGCAAGCACAGACACACACAGUGUCACAGGGCAGUUGAGACUGUGUUACCAAGCCCAGCGGGCGGCCUGGGAACACAUCCUUGUGUGUCACCUUACUGGCUGCAGGAGCUCAGGGACAGCCGUAUUCACCCUGUGCCUCAGUUUCCUCAUCUGUAGAAUGGGACCAGUUUGCAUGAGGCUCCCGGGCAGAGCCUGGAACCCGUGAACCCAAGAGCAGUCGUCAUCAGGCCAACGUGCACUCGAGCAGAGAUGUCUCCCCAAGUCCAGCUUGCUGUCAUAUCCCCUGCAGUUCUGGUGGUGGGAACCCAGAAGUCAGAGCACAGCUACCUCCUGGCAGCUGGAGGCCACAGCGCCCCGAGUUUGGGACACACCCCUCUCUGCGUGUCCCUGCCACUUCCUCAAGGCUAUCGGCCAGCCCCUCCCACCCAAGGCACCCCAUGGAGCCUCCCAGGAGAUCUUCAGACCCAGGGCAGGUGGGGGCUGGAUCUGCCCUUCCUUGGGUGCCCCAGGUCUGUUAUGGGCACGGGCUGUGAGCUGGUGCCAAGAAGGACAGAGGCAUCAGGCCAGGCCAAACUGCCGCACACAGCUGGCCGCAGGGCCACUCACUGAUCGCAGAUGGUCAGGCUUCAGGCUGUCUGACACGGGCCGUCUGCUCCUCCUUGGACAGUUGGAGCACUCAAAUGUUAAAACAAUUUUUUAAAAUAAAUUUUUCUACUUUUUUUUUUUUGAGACAGGGUGUCACUCUCUGGCCCAGGCUGGAGUGCAGUGGUGUGAUCAUGGCUUGCUGUAGCCUCAUCCUCCUGGGCUCACGCGAUCCUCUCACCUCAGUCUCCCACAUAGCUGGGAAUACAGGUGCGUGCCGCCGCACCUGGCUGAUAUUUAGUAGAGAUGGGGUCUCACUAUGUCGCCCAGGCUGGUCUCCAACUCCUGGACUCAAGCAAUCUGCCCACCUUGGCCUUCUACAAUACUGAGAUUACAGGUGUGAGCCACCACACCUGGCCCCAAAUAAAACAAUUUAAAAAGGAAAAAAGUGUGUGUGUGGCAGGAAGAGGAGGGCGAGGCCCGGAAGGAACUGAAGGAAACAAACUCAAGGAGAACAGCUGGUCCCCACGCCAGCGUCGACGCUCCAAGUCCUUCACCUCGGAGCCGAGCAGGGGCUGGGGGCACGGGGAGCUUCUG